AUGUGGUCUAAUUGUUCAGCGUAUUUCUCAGUCACUGUUUUACUUUUGUUGAAUACUGCUGUCGCUAGGCCAGCCGAUCGCAUACAUACAUCUGAUCAAGUCGAUUUAGUUGUAUCAGCAUCAUCUACUCAUCAUGAUCCUUUGGCAUCAUCAACAUCUUCUGAAUCAGAAGCAUCAGAACCAUAUCAACGGUUAUACGGAACAUUCUCACCUGCUGGUUUCAAUUAUGAAACUCAAGGCAAUAUAGUUCAGGUUUCAUCGUUUCGUGCAUGCGAUGCUCGCCGGAAAGGCCUUGAUCGCACCUUAUUUGGACAUGUAGCUGUUAUAUUUGUAGAUGAAGUACAACCUUUCUUAACGGGAUGCGUUGCAUUAGAUAAUCAGGCUCGUUUCGCUGAAAAGUCAGGAGCCCUUGCUUUAGUUGUAGGACCCGCUUCCAGGGUUCAGAUGAGCUUGAAGCCACUAAAACUUCGAUCUGCUAAAAUUCCUGUUGUUGUACUGGAUGAUCAGGAGACAGAAAGUUUACGCAAAUACGUGGCAGACGUUGCUCAAGUAGGAAAGAUAGCUUCAAUUAGUUUACAAUAUGUUGAACCAAAAAUAGGAACAACUCAAGUAUUAAAACUACAGGUCUUUCGGCCAACGGCUUUAAACUUGGCUGUUAUCGGUCUUUUAAUUAUCCUCGUUCUGUUCAUUACGGUUCUGGUCUUUGUUAAAAUCCGAUGGAGACCAACGGCUCAUCGUGAUAUAUGGCUGAGAACAUUAGCACGAUCGGCUGUGAACAAGAUGGAAAUAAGAAAAGUUGAAAAGGGUUCCGUGAAUCGUAAGAAACGUACCUUCUCGAGAUUAUCGAAAGCUAAUGGACUAUCUUAUCUACCCGUAUUUGGGUCGUUAAGUUCUGUGGCUAACACUACUAAUAGUCAGGAUCGUUGUGCUAUCUGUCUUGAUGAAUACUGUGACGGAGCAGAGCUACGUGUUCUGUUCUGUGGACAUGAAUUCCAUCCCAAGUGUGUUGAUCCUUGGUUACUGGCUAAUAGACGUUGUCCAUUGUGCCAAUAUGAUGUAGUAUAUAAGCAAUAUCCCAAAACUGAUGAUCCUCCAACGUCUUCGUCAGCCAACAAACCUCAACCAUCACCUCCAACAUCAUCGCUCACUACUGCUUCUAAUAGAGCUUUGGCUGAACUAAGAGAGCCAUUGCUGUCUUCAACUGAGCCAUCUACUCCAUCAAUCCCUAUCAUAACAUUUCCGUUGUUAGGAUCAGUUGUUCUUAGAGAUCAGGCUCCGCCGUCAGUGCCAGCACAAAGGCAUCGUCGGUCAGCUGCGAACUCUCGGGCACGAUCGUUACCUCGUAGACGUCCAUUGCGUCCUCGAAGUUUAUUAGAAACAGCAGUACGAGUCGGAGGAUAUUCAUCAGAUGUAUCGUCAUAUUUGGAAAGGGAUAAUGGACCUCAAAUAAUUUUGUGA